AGUGGAGGGAAAGAUUAAACUCGUUUUCGAGCAGAGCCGAAAGUGACGAACCAAUGGAAGCUCAGUGGUGAAACAAAAUCCGCAUGAAAACCAACAAAAUAUAUUCACAUUACUCUCUCUCAUUGUCUCCAAUGCUUUCCUCUGCUCUUCUUUCAUCAAACCAUACCAACCUGAACCGUAUGCUGUAGAAAUCAGGCUCCACUCACACCUCAAAUCGGUUCCUGUAGCUGCCCGCUUACCUUUUACCUUUUUCUCUUAUCAAUACGCCUCCUAUGGCGUUCCUUUUGAGUUUACUCGCUUCCUUCUGAAUCCCCACAAGAUGUUUUGGAGAUUCUGUGUGCUUCUACCCAACCAGCACCAUGAGGAUCGGCGAUGCAUGGCGAUUUCCCAAGCCUAAAUGAGAGAUCGUUUUCACUAUUAUGUGCUUAAUCUCGGGGUUUGUAGAUUCUCAGUGAUUUUGGUGGAUUUUUUUUUAGCGAUGACCAUACUGAAUCUUUGGUGGGAGUUCAAGAAUAUUUAGCUAAUGGAGUAUUUGGGUUUGAAUCAGUUUGUUUCCCCCCAUCUCUUUAGGGUUUUCUUAGUUAUUUCCGUGCGCUGGGAAUUCAGAUCGUUCUAAUUUUCUGAAGCUCAAGCUUGGGUUUGAAGCUCUGAUCUCGAUAUCUUAACUUAUCCUUGUGUUUGGCGCUUGUCUCACUUUGACUCUACAAGGAUAAGUGUUUUACGGUUCUGGAUAUCGUUAUCUUUUUCAUCUUUAUCGCUGCGGCUAGUGGAAUAGCCGUUACUGUUACUAGUAUUUUGCAGGAGGGUUGUAGAUUGUGAUAAAGUUGUGCGUGUGUAUGUUUGUUUCUCUUUUUGGGCUGUGCAAGGAUUGCUCAAACUUUUUGCCCAAUUUGGCAAAGAGGGUUGGUUCUGCUUCCAUCGACUUCGUCAGAAUUUCGAGUUAGAAAUUUAAGAUGGCUAUGUCCUGCAAGGAUGGUAACAAACAUGGUAUCGACAACGGCAAAUACGUUCGGUACACACCGGAGCAGGUUGAAGCCCUUGAGCGGCUUUAUCACGAAUGUCCAAAACCCAGUUCCAUUCGUCGUCAGCAGCUUAUCAGAGAGUGCCCCAUUCUCUCUAAUAUCGAGCCUAAGCAAAUCAAAGUCUGGUUUCAAAAUAGAAGAUGUCGUGAAAAACAGAGGAAAGAGGCGUCACGGCUACAAGCUGUGAACAGGAAGCUUACGGCUAUGAAUAAGCUUUUAAUGGAGGAGAAUGAUAGGCUGCAGAAGCAGGUUUCGCAGCUGGUGUAUGAGAAUGGCUAUUUCCGCCAGCAUACUCAGAGUACAACGCUUGGAGCUAAAGACACAAGUUGUGAACCGGUGGUAACAAGCGGUCAACACAAUUUGACAUCUCAGCAUCCUCCAAGGGAUGCUAGCCCUGCAGGACUUUUGUCUAUUGCAGAAGAGACUUUAACAGAGUUUCUUUCAAAGGCUACUGGAACUGCCGUGGAGUGGGUCCAAAUGCCUGGAAUGAAGCCUGGUCCGGAUUCCAUUGGAAUCGUUGCUAUUUCUCAUGGUUGCCCUGGUGUGGCUGCACGUGCCUGCGGCCUGGUGGGUCUAGAACCUACUAGAGUUGCUGAAAUCCUCAAGGAUCAGCCGUCGUGGUUUCGCGAUUGCCGAGCUGUGGAUGUUCUAAAUGUGCUGCCAACAGCAAAUGGUGGAACCAUUGAGCUGCUUUAUAUGCAGCUCUAUGCGCCUACAACAUUGGCGCCUGCACGAGACUUCUGGUUGUUACGUUACACUUCUGUUUUGGAAGAUGGCAGCCUUGUGAUCUGUGAGAGAUCACUUAAGAACACUCAGAAUGGCCCAACCAUGCCUCCAGUGCAGCAUUUUGUUAGAGCAGAGAUGUUGCCGAGUGGAUAUCUGAUAAGACCAUGUGAAGGAGGUGGUUCUAUCAUUCAUAUCGUUGAUCAUAUGGAUCUGGAGCCAUGGAGUGUUCCAGAAGUUUUGCGCCCAUUGUAUGAAUCAUCCACUGUUCUUGCUCAAAAGAUGACUAUGGCGGCUCUACGCCAGUUGAGGCAGAUAGCUCAUGAAGUUUCGCAGUCAAAUGUAACAGGCUGGGGUAGACGCCCUGCAGCUCUACGUUCGCUUGGUCAGAGGCUUACCCGGGGUUUUAACGAGGCACUUAAUGGGUUUAAUGACGAAGGGUGGUCUGUGAUGGGAAAUGAUGGAAUGGAUGAUGUAACUAUUCUCGUGAAUUCCUCUCCUGACAAGCUAAUGGGAUUGAACAUAUCGUUUGCAAAUGGAUUUUCUGCCAUCAGUAAUGCAGUUUUAUGUGCUCGAGCAUCGAUGCUGUUGCAGAAUGUGCCUCCUGCAAUUCUACUGAGGUUUCUGCGGGAGCACAGGUCAGAAUGGGCAGACAACAAUAUUGAUGCUUAUUCAGCUGCUGCUGUCAAGGUUGGCCCAUGGAGCUUACCAGGGUCUAGAGUUGGAAGUUUUGGGAAUCAAGUAAUACUUCCUCUGGCUCAUACCAUUGAGCACGAAGAGUUUCUAGAAGUGAUUAAACUGGAAGGGAUUGGCCAUACUCCUGAAGAUGCAAUGAUGCCUAGAGAAAUGUUUCUACUGCAACUCUGCAGUGGAAUGGAUGAAAAUGCUAUUGGCACUUGUGCUGAACUAAUAUUUGCUCCAAUUGAUGCCUCUUUUGCUGAUGACGCACCUCUUUUGCCCUCGGGGUUUCGGAUCAUACCACUUGAUUCUGGAAAGGAAGCAUCCAGCCCAAAUCGCACACUUGACCUUGCUUCUGCUCUUGAAAUUGGCCCUGCUGGAAAUAGAACACCAAAUGACUCUGUAAAUUCUGGUUGUACAAGGUCUGUAAUGACGAUUGCAUUUGAAUUUGCAUUUGAGAGCCACAUGCAAGAGCAUGUGGCAUCGAUGGCUCGACAAUAUGUACGUAGUAUUAUAUCAUCGGUUCAGAGGGUUGCAUUAGCUCUCUCACCUUCUCAUUUAAGUUCACAUACUGGACUACGAUCUCCACUUGGUACUCCUGAAGCACAGACACUUGCUCGUUGGAUUUGCAAUAGUUAUAGGUGCUACUUGGGGGUGGAGCUGUUAAAAUCUGGAAAUGAAGGAGGGGAGCUUGUGCUGAAAACAUUGUGGCAUCAUUCGGAUGCAAUUAUGUGCUGCUCUCUAAAGUCUAUGCAGGCAUUGCCAGUGUUCACUUUCGCAAAUCAGGCAGGCCUUGACAUGCUUGAGACAACCUUAGUUGCACUUCAAGACAUAACUUUGGAAAAGAUAUUUGAUGACCAUGGAAAAAAGACACUCUGCUCAGAAUUUCCACAGAUAAUGCAACAGGGAUUUGCUUGUCUUCAAGGAGGCAUAUGCCUUUCGAGCAUGGGUCGACCUGUCUCGUACGAAAGAGCUGUGGCUUGGAAGGUGCUGAAUGAAGAGGAAAAUGCACACUGCAUCUGUUUUAUGUUUGUGAACUGGUCCUUUGUCUGAUGCUAAGGUUUCCCAAAUGAAGUUGGAAGACUUGUUUAAUGUUAGAUGUUUUUUAUUAGUUCUUUUGGUUAUGUAAACUUUGGAUCUCAGUGACAGGUGGACUGACAGACAAUGAGCCGGGCUUCUCCUUCAGUACUAUCAAAUCUUUGUAUUUAA